CUGGGCUGUUCAUCUCGUGCGUUUGUGGCCAGUUCAUGACUGGCAGGCACCAUGAUUUGGGAUGCCAGCGAUGCCAAUCCCAUGCAUCGCCGACUUCCGGCGGAGGUGGUGUCGCGACGCCGGAAUGAGCAGAAGCCAAAGACCGAGACCAAAGAAAAGACAGAUGAGGUCACCGUGGAUUUAAAGACGGCCAUCACCCUGAAGCCCGAAGCACGGACCAAGUGGCUGAGCAAGGCCUGCGCCAUGGUGGAGUCGGGUAAGGCGAAACCUACGGAUCUCUAUGACAUCAUCACCAACCGUAAGUUUUCAGGUGGCUUGCCCGAUCGGGUUGGGCGAAAGCUGGCGAGCAUCUUGAAGGAGAGCUUUUCGAUUUUCUCGGACAAACAGCAGCGCUACUUGAAUUCCACCGAGAGCCCCGUGCCAAUGCACUUGGCACGAAGCGAUGAUGAAGAUGAGGAUGAGCCACCCACCAGCACCACCAGGAUUCAGGUGACCAAGCCGUCUGAGGAGCCGCCACCCACGGCCACACUGCCAAAAAUUACUUUGGAAGAUAGUGACAAGGCCAACAAGAAGGAGAAAGCACGGCCAAAGCCUGUGGAAGAGCCCAAGGAGGACCAGGAAGCCGAGGCAAAACGGCGAAAAUUGGAGGAGGAGGCAGACAAUAUCUUGGGAGCCCUGGUGCCUGGGCUCGCCGAUAGUGCUCCACCCAUCUUCUCCAAGGCAGAUGCCAACAAAGGGCGCUCAGUGUCUCGUUCUCGCUCUAUAUCCUCGAGAACGGCACGAAGGUUGGCGCGGGAGAAGAGGAAGGGCCGGGAUCGGGACGGUUCUUGGCGCUCCGGAGGAUCCGGCCUCUCUGGCUCGCGUGCCCUCCUCCUGAACCGAAACUAUACGGAGGACUUGCCUCACAUGCCGAGAAAUGCGGCAGUCGCGGCAAAUAGCUCAUACGCGCCUGAGUCCCGGGAGUCACGUCGCUCUAGAUCCAGGUCGAGAAGACGUCGACGCUGAGCGCCACGCUGAGCGCGAAGGCCUAAGGGGUUCACAUGCCUUGAAAUUG